AAAAAUCGUACUCGUUAACGCAAGAACGAACCGAGAGAAUCCGUUAAACUCGAAAAAUAUUAUAAACCGAUUAAACUCAACAAAAGAAGGAGGUCGAUGCCAUGCUUUUGUAUCUUCUCUGUGUGAACGCCACUGUUCAAUACUUCGCGCGUUUUGGUGUUGGUUCUUGUUGAACGGGAUUCUCACUUCUCUCCUUUGAUCCUUUUUCCCCUUUUCUCUAUUUUCCCCUUUCUUUUUCUUUUCCCUAUUUGGUUGUUAUCUUACUCGCUAUUAAUACCCUAUUAUUAAUUAUCCCCGUUUUGGUUGUUCUAUUUUACUCUUCCUUUUUCUUUUUCUUUUUCUAUUCGGUAGCUAAUACCCUAUUUUACCAUUAAUUAUCCCCAUUCAUUUUCCCCUUUGUUGCGUUUUUCAACUGGGUAGCUGCCCUACAGGUGUUUGAUGAAUUUACCCAGUGAAACAUAAAUAGAGCGAGAGAUUAUACUGUAUGUUCGAAUAACUCUUAAACUUCUGUUGGGUAAUCAGAGUUGGGAUUGGAAUUGCCAUUGCCAUGGAUCCUUCUAUUAUGAAGCUCCUCGAAGAUGACGAGGAUGAAACAAUGCAUUCAGGGGUGGAUGUUGAAGCCUUCCAAGCUGCACUAAACAGAGACAUAGGAGGAUCUGCUUCCACUUCUGGUUCAGACCCAGUUUUGUCUCAAGGAAGCAACAGUACAUUCACUCAGUCAAUGCCACAGUGGCCAACUCCUAGCCAUGAAAACCAAACCCAAGUUCAAAAUCAAGAGCCUGAAACUGCACAGCAACGAGAGCAACCUUCAUCUGAGGUGGAGCAAAAGCAACAUGGAUCUCUUGCUGAGCAAGUACAGCAUGUUGCUUCCCAGGACGUAAAUAAUCCUCCUUUACCACAGCAUGUUGCUUCCUCGGACGUAAAUAAUCCUCCUCUACCACAGCAUGUUGGUUCUCAGAGUGUAAAUAAUCCUCCUUUGCCACAGCAUGUUGGUUCCCAGAAUGUAAAUAAUCCUCCUUUGCCGCAGCAUGUUGCUUCUCAGACUGUAAGUAAUCCUGCUUUAUCACAAAAGCAGACUCAAGAUGAAGGUCACCAACCACAGCCUGUACAAGCUUCUCUUCAAAAUUCUCAGACAGUUGGAAUUCAAAAUUUGGGAAAAGAUCCUGUUCCUAAUAAUGAGGUAGCCAAAACACUUAAUCCCAGCAGCGAAUCUCAGCAGUAUGCGAAGUUGCAGCAAAUAAGUAAUCAACAGGCUACAGUCAAUGAGCAGCCAGGAGGCCAAAUUAAUCGUCAAAAACAGGUACCAUUUGGCAUGUUGCUACCUAUCUUGAUACCUCAACUUCCCAAAGACCGAGCCAUGCAACUUCAAACUCUAUUUAGUAAAUUGAAGAAAGACGAAAUAGCAAAAGACAGUUUUGUGCGGCUUAUGAAAGGUAUUGUAGGGGACCAGAUGCUUAGAUUAGCAUUGAACAAAGUACAAGCUCAGCUACAAGCACAGACGAGACCCAACCAAGGACCUGUGGGGCAGCAGCAACCUGUUCGGAUGCCCACUGUUGGCUUAGGUGCAAGACAAUUAAAUGAUCCCCAUGCUUUAGCUCAGCUUCAUCAGAGAAGUAUGAAUGCAGCUGCAGACCAAUCUCGUAUGACUUCUUCAGCUGUCCAAACUAUGGAGAACAAUGCUAGAAAAUCUCAGGAAUUGGAUGCUAGAAUGGAAACUCAGGGUUUGCAACCGAGCCAGUUGUCAUCUUCCAAUUCCAUCAGUGUUAGUCAGGAAGCAGAAAGAUCAUCUGUUCAUGUACACGGGCUUAAUAAGCAGCCGCAGCCGCAGCCACAGCCUCAGCAUCUACAUUUCCCAUCAGCAUAUGGCAGUAGUGGUGGUAAUUAUAGGCCUUUUUCAGGGCCAGCUAGUAGUUCUGCUUCAUCUAUCAGACCACCACCACAUGAGUCACAUAUGAGUCAAAUUCCACAUCAAAGCACUGGUCCCAAUCACUUAGGUGGGGCAACACAAGGCUUCAUUGCUAUGCCAAAACUUGAACAGCAGAACUCUUUGAAUGAUCCCAAGAGGCUGCCGGGUGGCUCUGUUGCUCUAUUAAACAAUCCGGCAUCCCAGCAAACUCCAAAUGCAUGGCAACCACCAUCAAACAAAGAUCAAAGUUCAGGCUUCUUGUCAUCUGGUUCUUAUGUCAAAAAGGAACCUAGCGACAUGCCCACUGAGCAGCAACAUAGGCAGAAUAUUUCUAAAAUCCAUGCACUGCCUUCAGCUAAUUCUGCACAAAUCGAACAGGCAAGUGCCAAUCAAGGAACUGUAAAGGAUGAGUUCUCAAGGGGCCUUCCAGUAUCCACAAGUAUGGCACCUACAACAUCUACUGGCUUGACAUUACUCAAUUCUGCUUCCCCUUCUGGAAUGGCCCAACUAGAUCCUAGUGUCUCAUUAAGCACCCAGGUGCCAUCAAACACUUCUGGAAUUACUGUGAGGGCACCUGUGAAAAAGCCUUCUGUUGGCCAGAAGAAACCACUUGAAGCACUUGGUUCCUCACCUCCUCCUCCAAGUAAGAAGCAAAAGGGAUCUGGGGGGGGAUCCGUUGAACAAAGCAUUGACCAGCUUAAUGAUGUCACUGCUGUUAGUGGAGUCGAUUUGAGGGAAGAGGAAGAGCAGUUAUUUUCAGGCCCCAAGGAGGACAGUCGGGUUUCAGAAGCAACUCGAAGAGCUGUGCAAGAAGAAGAGGAAAGGCUGAUUUUGCAGAAAAUUCCACUCCAGAAAAAAUUGUUUGAGAUUAUGUUUAAGUAUGGCUUGAAGGGUGUGAGCAAUGAUGUGGAGAGAUGCUUGUCACUGUGUGUGGAGGAAAGAAUGCGUGGACUGAUAAGUAACCUGAUUAGAAUGUCAAAACAGCGGGUUGAUUUUGAGAAGACAAGACAUCGGACUGUUGUCACCUCAGAUGUUCAGCAGCAAAUCAUGACAAUAAAUAGGAAAGUAAGAGAGGAGUGGGAGAAAAGACAGGCAGAAGCAGAGAAGCUUCGGAAACAAAAUGACGGUGAUGGUAAUGCUGGAGCUGAUGGUGACAAGGACAAGGACGAGGGUCGUAAUAAAUCAUCAAAGGUGAACAAGGAAGAGGAUGACAAGAUGAGGACAAAUGCAGCAAAUGUUGCUGCCCGUGCUGCUGUUGGGGGAGACGACAUGCUCUCAAAGUGGCAACUUAUGGCCGAGCAAGCCAGGCAGAAACGUGAAGGCGUGACGGACACGUCAUCUGGUUCUCAACCAGCUAAAGAUGCAAGUCGCAAAUCUUCAGCAUCUGGAAAAAGUACUAAGGAUAAUCACGAAGGGGAUAAAAAAGGUUCUACUAAUUUUGCAACUUCAGGGGCUAUCAGAAAACAUGGGAGAAAUAAUUCCCUUUUGACUCAAACUAAGAUUGCCCGAAGCAUCUCUGUCAAGGAUGUAAUUGCUGUGCUCGAAAGAGAGCCACAGAUGUCGAAAUCGUCGCUCAUUCAUCGCUUGUACGAGAAGAUUCAUUCUGAUGCUCAACCUGAGUGAAGUAGAAUUACAGAGGGAGGUGAUCUUGAACUUUUACCACUGAUUUUCUUAUCAUCUUAUGCUUACCAGCAGAAAUCAAAAGGUCUCCUCAAAGGUGUGUUUAAUUUUGCAUAUUUAUCAGUACUAAUUUGGAUUUUAGAGCAGUUAAACAUAAGUUUGGCAUCCAUCCUCUUGGCUUGGUCUCUGGGAAAAGAAUGUUAAAAGAAAAAUAUAUUUUGGUUAGGAGUUAUAGUAUUUUGAUAUAUGAAGUAAUUUAUGUGUUUAUUUUAAAAAUGAGUUUGUCAAUAUUAAACAAGUAAUCUGAAUUUCAAGUUUCAACACAAUUAAACACGCAAUGUAACUUGUUUUCUUGAGAAUAUUCAACUUGUUCUUUUCU